AUGCCUGAUCAAAUUCUUGACGAUAUCUCUCAUCGCAGAUAUAAUCCCCUCACGGAUUCAUGGCUGCUUGUGUCACCUCAUCGCACGAAGCGACCUUGGCAAGGUCAGCAAGAGGCUGCUGUCGCAACUGAACUUCCUGAAUAUGAUCCCAAAUGUUACUUGUGUCCCGGCAACCCUCGAGCAGCUGGUGACUCCAACCCGAAAUAUGAAAAGACUUUUGCCUUUGUGAACGACUACAGCGCUGUCAAGCAAGAGCAGCCCGAAUAUGACGCCAAGGCCUCUUCCAACGACUUGGAAUCUCUACUUCUCCAGGCUCAGGGUGUCAAGGGCGUGUGCUACGUCCUUACUUUCUCCCCCAAGCACCAUGUCACUCUUCCCGAUAUGACUCCCGAGGAAAUUGUCCCUGUCAUUGAGCACUGGACACGCAUUUACGCCAACCACUUGACACCAUCAAACCCUCGCGCGGCUGAGGCUGAUCAGCUUUCUAUCUCCAUGCCCAAGGACGCUGCCCCUAGCCCCUCGGAGCAAUACCGAUAUAUGCAAAUCUUUGAGAACAAGGGCGCUGCCAUGGGUUGCUCUAACCCCCAUCCUCACUGCCAAGUCUGGACCACAUCGACCAUGCCUGAGGAGCCAGGCAAGGAGCUUGUUCAAAUGGCCAAAUACCGUGAUCAGCACGACGGUCGCCAUCUUCUAGGCGAUUAUGUCAAGCUGGAAUUGGAAAAGCAAGAACGUGUUGUCUGGGAGAACGAUGCGUUCGUUAUAGUCUGCCCUUGGUGGGCUGUCUGGCCAUUUGAGGUCCUCGUCCUCCCCAAGCGACACAUCCAAUCCCUUCUCGACUUCAAGCCCGAGGAGCGACUCCAGUUUGCCGAGGCGAUUCAAGAAGUUACCCGAAGAUACGACAACCUGUUCGAGUGCAGCUUCCCUUACAGCUCUGGUCUUCACCAAGCACCUCUCGAUGGAACACCUGAAGAGUUGGAGAGCGCUUAUUUCCACAUGCACUUUUACCCACCCCUGCUGCGCUCCGCUACUGUCAAGAAGUUCCUCGUCGGUUACGAACUUUUGGCUGAGCCACAGCGUGAUAUCACUCCUGAGCAAGCCGCAGCCCGCUUGAGGAACUGCGGCGGUGAGCUUUACCGAAAGAAUCUAUAG